UCCUCCCCCCGGCCCAGUCAGACGGCGCUGUAUCCGACGGAGCGGCGGGAGAGAGGGUUCAGAGAUGGGCAGUGAGAAGGAGCAGAGCCCAGAACAGCACCUGCCCGAGGAAGGGGAACGGGGUAAUGAGCCCUGGAGAGUGGAUGACUCAGAGGGUUUUUGGAUCCCAGAUGGGGAUAAAGAGCUCGGGCAAGAAAGCUCGUCAGAGGGGCCACAAGGGAUCCAUCCAGAAAAGCCACGGCAGGCAGUCACUGGCCCAGCUUUGGAGCCAGAGGACCGCUGUGCUCCCCCGAGGCCCGAGGCCGACGAGAAGCCCUUUAUCUGUGCCCAGUGUGGCAAAACCUUCAAUAACACCUCCAACCUGAGAACACACCAGCGGAUCCACACGGGCGAGAAGCCUUACAAGUGUUCUGAGUGUGGCAAGAGCUUCUCGAGAAGCUCCAACCGCAUCCGGCACGAGCGGAUCCACCUGGAGGAGAAGCACUACAAGUGUCCCAACUGUGAGGAGAGCUUCCGGCGGCACUCGGACCUCACCACGCACCAGCAGGAUCACCUGGGCAAGCGGCCCUUCCGCUGCGACAUCUGUGGCAAGAGCUUCAGCCAGAGCUCGGCGCUGGCGGUGCAUUACCGGACCCACCUGGAGCCCGCGCCCUACAUCUGCUGCGAGUGCGGGAAGAGCUUCAGCAACAGCUCCAGCUUUGGCGUGCACCACCGCACACACACGGGCGAGCGGCCUUACGAGUGUGCCGAGUGUGGCCGGACCUUCAGCGACAUCUCCAACUUUGGAGCUCACCAGAGGACCCACCGGGGCGAGAAGCCCUAUCGGUGCACUCAGUGCGGGAAACACUUCUCCCGCAGCUCCAAUCUCAUCCGCCACCAGAAGACGCACCGCGGAGAACAGGCCGGGAAAGAUUCCAGCUGAAGGAGGGCGAGGGACAGAGAGCAGGAGACCCCACCCUAACGUAGAAAGAUCUUUAGGAUCUGCUGCUGUCCCCUUGACCUCAAGCCCUUCGUCCCACCUUGGAAAAUGGUUUUCUGUUGUCUCUGAAGCCAGGAUCUCCAGGAAGUCCUGAGAAGGGAGUCUGAGUGAAAGUCCUUUUUUCCAGGCCAGUUUCUUGCUGUGGAAAGUCAGAGGACGCCGUCUUGGCUUCAUCUCCUUGGGGUGAAAGAGAAAUAGGGUAGGCUUAGUACAUGCUCGUAUCAUUAGGGCAACCGUCCCCUGGCCUUUGAGGAAGUACCUAUGAGAUGGGCAUCACUGUCUGGAGGUCCUCCGUAUCGUAUGUGCACUGCUUAGGGCACACUGCAGUGGUCCACCGGUCCCCACCUGCUGUACCCCAACUGGGCUGGGAGGAGCAGGGGGGAAAGGGGCCAUAGGAAUGAAAGGGAAGCCCUCAAGGAGCCUGAUCCAGGGACCUUCACCCUCCCCCAUGUCUGACUUGUCACCCCCACCCCAACCUACAUCUGUUUCCCCAGAGUGAUCAGCAGUAAAACCUUGAAUGAGAA